AUGUGCGAAUGCGCACGGGCCGUCACUGAGGAGAAGCUGCGCAAGGUGGCAGGGCUGAAGGUUGACGUCAACAAUAUGACAGAAUGCGCGCUGUGCAAUAAGAAGAUUGGGAAUAGCGCCCUCGUCCGUGACCCUCAAAGCCAAAACCUCAUGCACGUCUUCUGCUACGAAAAUUCAAUCGAAGCCGCAACAAUGCAA